AUGGCAUUCUCAGUCUCUUCACUGGUUGUGCUAGUGAUGAUCUUGUCCAGUCCCAUCUACUCCACCAGCUGCAACCUGCCACUGAGCCUUACUUUGGAAAAUCAGGAGACUGUCAGAGCUCUGGACCAAGUAGGAACAGUCUCUCUUCUUUCCUGUCUGAAUUAUAGGACCAAUUUCAAAUUCGCCAAGGAGCAGCUCGAUGGCCAGUUCCAGAAGGCACAGGCUAUGUCCAUCGUCCACGAAACAGUCCAGCAGGUCUUCCAUCUCUUCUUCUUAGUGAAUGUUUCUGCUGCCUGGGACAAGACCCUCCUGGACCUUGUGCGCACAGGGCUGCACCAGCAGCUGGAAUACCUGGACUCAUGCUUGGUGCAGCUGGGGACAGAGGAGGACUCUGCCCUGAGCUAUGGGAGCGCUUCCCUGGAGAUGAAGAGGUACUUCCGGAGAAUUCGUCUCUACCUGAAAGAGAAGAAGUACAGUGUGUGUGCCUGGGAGGUCGUCAGAGUGGAAAUCAAGAGGUGCUUUCUCUUCAUUAACAAGUUUAUCAGAACACAAGGACUGGAAGAAGAAAGAAGCUGA